AUGGCCACUCAAGCGUCAGGACUUCGCCGCAUCCCUGGCGAAGCAGUGGACACCUCUGUGCUCGCCUCCUCCAUCACCCUCCCAUUUUCCAAACGCACUGCUCCGAACCGCUUCCUCAAAGCACCAAUGACCGAACGACUCUGCACCUGGAACAAGCCCGAUGAGCCCAUCUCCCUCCGUGGCUCUCCAACACCAGAGUACCUUCGCCUCUAUACCCACUGGGGCGGUGCCUCGAUCGGCAUCAUUGUCGCCGGCAACGUGAUGCUACGCCACGAUAUGGUCGAAGCCUACGGCAACCCCAUCCUCUCCGACCCGACGGAUACCGCACGGGUCGCCGCUUUCCGCGAAGUCACCACCGCGGUCAAACGUGAGGGAUCCCUCUUCGUCGCCCAGCUUUCCAUGCCAGGCCGUCAAGGGCCCGCGACUCUGAACCCACAUCCAGUAUCCGCAUCAGACGUGCACCUCAAAAUCGGCUGGUCAGGCAACAACUUCGCUCCGCCUCGCGCCUUGACUGUGCCAGAAAUCCACGACAUCGUCAAGCAAUGGGGAACGUCCGCCAAGCUCUGUUACGAUGCAGGCUUCGAUGGCGUACAAGUCCACUGCGCGCACGGCUACCUGUUAGCACAAUUCCUCUCACCGACGACCAACAAACGCACAGACCAAUACGGCGGGACAUUCUCCAACCGCACACGCAUCAUCUUUGAGAUCCUGGAGGAGAUCCGACGUCAGGUUCCCGAUCCGGAAUUCAUCAUCUGCGUCAAACUCAACUCGGUCGAAUUCCAGCCCGAAGGCCAGACGCCCGAAGACUGUCGGAAUUUAUGCGUGGCGUUGGAAGAAGCCCAGGUGGACUUCAUCGACAUAUCCGGCGGGACGUUCGAAGGUCGAGCGUUCCACCAUGUCAAAGAGAGUACGCGGCAGCGAGAGUCGUACUUUAUCGAGUUCGCGGAUCAGAUCCGGCCGUUGUUGAAGAAGACGCUGUUGUACGUGACGGGUGGGUUUCGGACGGCGGCGGGAAUGGUGAUGGCCAUUUCUGAGAAUUCUUGUGAUGGGAUUGGAUUGGGUCGGCCGCUUGGUGCGGAGCCGUACUUUUGUCGGGAUAUUUUGAGUGGGAAGAUUACUGGUGCGUUGGAGAGCGGUGUUCCGUUGCCCAAGAGCACGCAGAGUACGGGUACGCAGUUGCAUCAGGUCGGUAGAGGAGAGGAGCUGGUUAGUGAUUGGAGUUCGAAGGAGGAGGUGGAGAGGUGGGUGGAAGCGGAUAAAGUCGAGGAGGAGAGGAAAUUGAGGAUCCUGCCUGUGGUCGAUAGCUCGGGUUACGCGCCGUUGAAGCCGGUGGUAGGAUUGGAGUUCGCAAAGGGAAUUAAGACCGCAUGA